AUGUCUCAACAAAAAAGUGACAGUAAAUCAAAUUCGUCUUCUUUUGUACCCUAUUAUGGUAGUCGCGAACCGAAGCAAUCGGUGGUUGAAACAGACCGUUUGAUUUUUCAAAUGAUGGACGAUAUAUUGAAAACAACCUAUAAAGAACAAGACUAUCUAGAAGAACCAGAAGAACAUCAUUAUAAUCCUCAUUUAUGGAGAUUUCGAACUGUAAUUGUGUUUAUCAUGGUUUUAUUGAUUGUGGUUGCAACUGUAGUUGUCAGUGAAUUAACAAAAGAAAGAUCGUAG